GGGGGAGCAGGAGAGGGUGUAGCUGGUGAUGACUCCAUUUUGCUGGGUGGGAGGUGGGGGAGACCAAGAGAACUCCACUUCUCUCUCUCCAGCUACUGCCCUAAACAUCUCUGGAGAUCCCGAGGGAGCUGUUAUAAAGACAAACUCAAGUAUCGGCCUCAUGAGUGCAGGAGGUCCAGAUCCCUGGCUAUUGUUAGCAGUCAGAGAACAGGAGUAGGGAGUGUUGGGAGAGAAGCCAGCCACUGAGAGAGAGCCAGAGGACUGGGAGGAA